GAGCCAUGACUCAAGGUCAUCCGGGGCCCCGGCCCUUUCAGCCCGAGCCCCGGGGAACUUGUUUCGUUUAUUUCCACACCCUAACAUGCCACACAAGGAGGAGGAAGCGAUGCAAAGCGGAACAGGUCAAAAGAAGAAGAGCGGUUUGUUUUGUUUGUCCUCACUGGCAGAGCCCCGUUGCGAUGUGUGAACAGUUACUCUCGUAACUCUCGAUCGUGAACGACGGCUAUAGCUGUUAUUUCUGAUAUUAAAUUUUGAUCGUCAGAUUAUUCGCAGGAUACUCGCAUACUUUUCCCUUGAAUUCGAAUAUACUUUGAUUUAUAUCAAUAAUUAUUCGAAUACGAAUACACCCAAAUAAAUACGGUAUUCGAUUGAUUGAUUGAUAGUUUAUUGUUAAUGUAUUCGAAUAAGAAUAUACGUACCGAAUACGAAUUUAAUACUCCAUCCCUGUAUAUCCAAACAUGUGCACAAUAUUCAAACGUGUACAAAACCCAAACAUGUGCACAAUAACCAAACACACGUGAGGGAGACGGUUUCCAAGCAGUCAGUUUUCCAUCCAUUUCUCCGGGCAACCAACCAUCCGUUUCAAACACGCACAGAAACCCCCCAAAACCUUUACGACUUCUCUCAAAAACGUUAUCUGCCCAAUCACAGUGCUCAUUACCACCACCCAUCGCUCCAGACCUGACCUUUAACACCCCAAAAGAGGUCAGGUGAGUCAUGCGUGGGUGGCGGUGACCCUGGGGGAGCAAGAGACAGGUGGGCAGGGAGCGAGGCGGCGGCGGCGGUCACAGUAAUGGCUUUUUCCUGUUGAUUCUUCGCCUGUUCGUGUGUCCCUUCUUGCCAGGUGGAGGUGAUGGCUGCCACACUACCCACGGAGAGCGAGGCAUCCCAGCAGGAGGCCGGCAGGAGAGGUGCACGCAAGCAAUGGAGUGUGCACGCCGGGGGACCGAGGGGCUUACUGAGACGGAUGCGGAGUCAGCUGGCAGAAGAUGGAUGUCCGGACAGCCAGCUGGUGAUGGGACGCACCCUCCUUGAGCAGCUGGGCCAGGACGGGGAUGGCGGGGGCGGUGAUGAAGAGGAGGACGGACGUCUGGCGGUGUUCUGGCUCACCCGCGCCUCCCUCCAGGGCAGUGCAGAGGCCACACACCUCCUGGAGCAGUGUCUCAACAACAACAUCGGUAUCUGCGAACACAACUACCACGAGGUCCAGGAGUGUUUGUCUAUGGACCUGCAGGAGAAGCUAGCAAGAAGGGCCGCCCGAUUACUAUUCGCCAGUAUAAACGACGGGAACGAAGCUGUGACCUCCAAUGCCCUCGUUAAGAAGGUGAAACAGGUGCUGAGGAAAGAUGACGAGGGGUGCCAGGAGAGCAAGGAAGAGAAGUCCGACAGUAGCAGCGGCAGCACCCUGGAGGAGCUGUAUGGGGGCGAGCGAUUCUUAGAGGACCACAUCAUCUCUGCAGCUGUUCUCUACCACCAGGGCCACAUCCCCCCCCUCCAUCACCUUCUGGACCUGCCCCUCACCUUCACAUGCACUCCUACCCCGCAAGGCACUCUGGCCAGGGCGGUCCGCUGGCCACUCGACCUACUCUCGGCUCUUUACAUCGCUUGGUUACGCUUUAUUGCCAUUUCGUUGGCUAAGCACAGCAGGAAAUGUGUGGCGACGUGUGGUCCAGUGGCCUUAGUGCUCACGUUUGUGCUGUGUUAUGUGUCCGGUCCUUAUGUGUUGGCUUGUGGCCGUGCACUGCCUGUUGUGAUAUUCUGUGGGUCAUUUGCUGUCAUGGUUACCUCAACAGCCCUCGUUCUACUUGACCGACAGAGACUUGGGUGCCUAAGGGUGUGGUCAGCUGUCUUCUCACACUUCUGCCCUGAGCUGGAUGUGGCAGGGGCUGAGAGGAGGUUUGAGUCUCGCUGUUGGCGGCCUUACGUUCUUUUAUGUGCGUCUGUUCUCGUGUACGUAAGUGCCACGCCGCUGGUGCCACACACGCUCACGGUUGCCUUUAUGCCAGUCAUGUGCCUGUGUAGCGGCCUCAUGUUCUUCUUGGGUGUUGAAUGUGUCGCUGUCUGGCACUUCAUCUCCCUUGCGCUGUACCUUAUGGCUCUCAGGCCGGAGGUGUAUGGGUGGGUGGGUGCGGCACUGCAGGGCGUGGGUCUUGGUGGGUGGUGGGUAGAGGGGGCAGCCAUGCAGGUGUGGGGGGCAGUGAAUCUCCACUUGGGUAUUGGCACACUUCUACACCUGCUCUGGCUCAGUUUGCAGGUGUGUGUAGGAGUGGUCAGAGGCCCCAAACACUUGCCCUCACACCUGGCCAGCCUCAUGUGGGCUCACCUGGCAUUUGUAGGCUCAGUUGAGGUCACGGAGCCACAAGAUCUCAUUUACCCGGUGGUCUCAUGGCUGGCACUCAUUUUGGUGCCAGCAUGUGUGUCUGUGGGUGUCGUUGUCCUGCCAGUGUUGCUCUGUGUUGCGUUGGCCAAACUCGGUGUUGGUCAGGACACAUUAAUGCUGGCGUUCAUUUUGGGUGCUUGUGUCACGGCCCUGGCGCAGCGCAUGUGGCCUAGGGUGGUUGGUGGAGUGCUCCGUGUUGUGGUGGUGUGUGCUGGCGUUGUGGUGCUGCUCAGACCCAGUGCUGUGUUGGCCCCAGUCUCCACACCAUCACAGCACUCCCCCCUUCUCUGGGAUGCGUACAAGAAUGUGUGUCUGCCCUCCAACAACGCUCAGGCUGAAAACGUGCAUGUGUGUGCGCCUCUGCUGGGCACUGCGGUGAGGUGGCGAGGCUCAAUUAUACAGACAGAUGUAACACAGGUCAGAAACUUGCCCCAAACAAUGAUCUUAUACUUACCGUCAUUCCUGGAGGUCCCAGUGAAAUGCUACCUAGGCCAGAGAGCACCCGAGUGUCCAACUAAGGUUAAGGAAGACAGAACAGAACUAGACGAGAGGUGUGAGGUGAUUCGCACUGCUCUCGGUCCGAGUGGCUGCUCCCUGCAUGAGUGGAAUGAGUAUGAGUUUGUCAUCGCACUCAAAAUGCAGUCAUCCUAUUGGAAGUUCGGUAGAGGCGAGGGAGAGGUGAGCCUACGCGCAGAUGACACCUUUACGCAUUUUGUUCUGGGUCUACGAGAGGGUGACAUGGUGGAAUUUACAGCAACCAUGUCAGCUGGCAUAGGGACCAGCCGCCUCACCCUCACGUUAUCAGCCAUCAAGUGCAUAACCUGUAAACUUGCCCCUGUUGAUGCCGCCACCGCCUCCACGACCAACACAGCCCUUCACUCCGACAGCCUAAGAAAAGCUGGGAAAUACGCCUUCAACUUCUUCCUCGCUCCAACACUCACUGUCUGAGGUACCUGAUCAUGUUUGUGUUGUGCAGUCCUGUUUGGGUUAGGGUGUGUUCUGUAGUUUGCACUCUCCAUCUGACUAGUACUUACAUUGGGAAGGACUAGAAAACUGAAGUAUCUGUCUGUGUAUCUAUACUCUGAUGCCCAAUCCUUCAGCUUCUUCAGUAGGGGUGGUGAUGACAGAAGUCUUUCCAUUUGCUCUUAUCUCUACACUCAGUCCUUGCAUUCUCCAGUUCUCUCAUUCUCCCAUCCCCUCCUUCUCUCUACUUAUUCCUCCCUUUUUACUGUGAACUGUCCUCUGGCACUCACAAUAUCAAUCUUACUCUCGGAGACUUCAUUCUUUUCCACAGACUCCACCUUUGUAUUCUUCAGUUCUUGCAUUCUUUCAUCCUCUCUCAAGUAUUUCAUCCCCAUAUCCUCACUGGGGGUCAUGCUGGACCAGCCCAGGUUGAGAAACACUGCUUCAGAGAAUUAGAUAGGGGAGACAGGACAGGGUUUGUGUUCGUGGAUGAUUUACUUGUAUCUUCACGGAGCUGGUGUGUUGAAGAGCUGUAGAGAAUGGUUCUGUGUGUGUGUGUGUGUGUGUGUGUGUGUGUGUGUGUGUGUGUGUCAUACUAACUAACACAAGUGAUAUAUGUCACAGGCUUACCUUUUGUAAUGAAGGUAACUUGUAUGUGUAUAUAAAAAAGCUUUAAUACGCUUCACUAAAUAACAAAAUAACCCCUUUACUGGAGGGACUGGUGCAAAAUAGAGCUUUAACAAAAACUCAAAGAACCACUUCAACAGCCACACCAUCAGUUACCUGCCUCAAGGCACAAACAGACUAAUGCUGUAGAACCAUGUGAAUUAUGGCUAAACUUUAGUCUUUGAGUGUUGGACCAGAAAAAAGGGGAAGGAAAACUGGCAAACAAACCUGAAAGGAUCUUAGUUUGCAAAAUCGAGUCCUAUAUGUAUAUUUAUAAAUUUGAUGUGAUGAUUUUCCUCUAUGUCCCACCAGAAGGAAAGAAAUCAUGGGCUACAGAGACGUGGAGAAUGAGAGCACAGCACAAGAUGUUGAUACAGAGAGAUGAGCAAGGGGUCUAAAGAGCAUAUGAGAGAUAGUGGUCUGUCCCACAGGUCUUGGAUGGAAGUCAUGCUGUAGGAAGGUGGGAACCCAAUUUGCCGUGCCAUUUCCAGUUAUAGAGUCAUCCCUAUGUAUGUAGAGGUUUGGUUCUAAGCAGUCACUCGCAAGUCCAGGAUAUAUACAUGUAAGGUGGAACAAUUCAUGUUGUACAAAUUGGUGACAUUCACUAUCUUUUCACCUUGCUCUGCUUUCUCUAUUAUGUCUACAUGUUUUUCCGUUGUGAGGGCCGGCACUUCUUACCACUACCACCUGUACUUAACAUCAGACAUAUCGGGGGUAUAAUAAUCACAAAUAACACUGAAUUUGUGGAGUGAGCAGAAGCACAGGUAUGAAUGAUGCCACUAGAGUAAUGUACUGUUGUUCACAACUCGGCGCUGCCCGUGCUACAUUGUCGCCACCACGCCGUGGACUGCAAUCUAAACCUUAAGCCCCAAAUUUCAACGUCAGGGCAAAUUGUUUGUAUUAACGAAAGUUCACAACACAAAUGUUUGUAUAUAAGGGAGUCUGUACCUUCUGUCAUGUGAUAAAAAAAAAAAUGCCUCCGAGUCUUCUUGUGUGUUCGAAAACUACCUCUCAAAAACUGGCUCUAUUUUGUCUUAUUCUGAAAAUUAUCUCGUGUUAUUAUAUGAGGCGGUGGGUGGAGGAAAGUCGCACAAACCCGUUGUGAGAAUUUCGUUUUCUGUGUUCCAGAAGUCCUCACUCUUUGGUCUGUGGUCACUGGACACUACAUUUCUUCACUGAGAAAAUCACAGCCAAAACUUGUCACGUCAGAGCCACAGACUCUUGCUUAACUCUACCCCCUUUCAGAGGAGAAUCGUAUGAGGCUUCUCAUGUGUGUAAAACGUGGCUGCGUUCAAAACCUCCACCUUCUGAAAAUAUAAAGCUUUCUGCAGCUUUUGACAACAAAAUGAAGGAAACAUCAUGACUGGCUCCUGAGUAAUGGCUGAACAAAAAUGAAUAACUGGUGACUAGAAAUGAAGGACAAGUGAUCGGAAAUGCAACUGUAGUGUGUGUUCCUAUAAAUGUCACUUUGCCUCUCAUGUCACUCCUUUGCCCUCUGUCUCAUAUGUAGACUAAAAAAGUGCCAUCAUUCACCUUAUGCUCAAAACUGCCUUAUAGUAUAGUUUGCUUGUAUCCUCAAAUCUGUCUUUUACUUGAGCCCUGAGAAAAUUGGCUGCAUUCUAACUCACUCUUAAAACUAAUUCACAGACCCAGGCACCACAAACGCAGACCACGCCAUCAGUUUAAUUUCAUUCUGGGUACCAUUAGAGGAUUUUAUUUAGUGUGUAGUGUGACUGUCCUCAUAAUCAAACACUUAAAAGUCAUAUCUAUCUAGUUACUCAUCCACUGCUAUGAUACCUUUAUUUAUUGUAUUGUGGCUAGCAGCAAAUGAUCUUACGAGUUUUGCCAGAAUGAAGUAAAUAAAGAUAUGAUGGUAGUGGAGCUCUUUGCCUCUGAAUAACAGCUUCCUUCCCUUCUGUCGCUGCCACACACCCCUUUCCCUCCAUGCACCUUGUCCCUCCCUCCCUCCUCUCACCCUCCUUCCCCCUUAUUCCCCCCAUUCAUCUCAUCUUCAGGACAGAAUGUAGGUAGUUUUAAGCCACUCAGCGAUGAUUGAGAAAACACGUGAUUCACUUAAACAAACUCAUCAGCCAUUUCCUCUGCCUUGACGUUCGCCGAGACAGAGAUGCAAUGUCAUGGCGGCUGUUUGGUGAUGUUUCACUUAGAUUUAGGUUCCGAGCAUCUAGUCUGGUCAAGAGUCUGUGGUCUGAUCAUUUUUCUUAUCCUUCCCUUCCUCCAUCUUCAUUUCCUCAUCUUCCUCCUCCUCCUUCUCUUCCUUCUUCUCCUCCUCUUCCUUCUCCUGCUUCUCCUCGGCCUCCUUCUCCUCCUCUUACCCUCUGCAAACUCAAACGCUUACCGGUAUAUUAUUCUUAUUUGUAUGAUAAAAAAACGCAUUGUGUUUUGCUUGUGUGCUCAAAACUAGCUUAAUUUUACUUGUAUAUCCUCAUAAUUGCAGCUUAUAUUUUCAAAACCAUCUAGAAUUAAAAUUUGUGAGCUCAAAAACUAACAUCACACUAACAUAUGCUCAAAUACUAUCUUCUAUUUUUUGCUUGUAGUACUAUGCUCAAACUGGCCCAAUUUUACCUGUGUUCUCUAAAAUCUGCCUUUACUCAACUUUCAUUCCCAGUGUUAUCUAGUAUUAUAGAUUUUGUAAGCUUGUACACUCUAAGCUGCCUUGCAAUAUGUAUUUUAUAACUUCUUUGUCUUAGGUUUAUGCAACGACUGAGUUGUUAUCCUUAUUGGUGCUUUGUGUGUGUGUGUGUGUGUGUGUGUUCUGCCUUUCUGUGUGUCUGUCUUUGUUUCUGUCUCUGCCUGUCUGUCUCUUUUCGUUUCAGUGAUAGGUUGUCGACUUCGGUAAAAGUGGAUGUUUUUUGGUCUCAAAGCGCACACACUCAAAUACAUACACAAACAUGCAAUCACUUGUGUCCAUACCAACCUAACGUACAAAUUCAGGAGCUCGGAGACGAAGGUAAUCUCGGAAUACUCUCGACGCUGAUGUAUCUUAUCUCACGGCACGAUGUAUUGGUGGUUGUGUGUGGCUUGGUGAUGUAGUGUUCACGAUCUUUGAUACUGAAGUAAUUGUAGGUAGUGGCUGUUUUUUGUUUCCUUUACUUGAUAUUUUUCUUUUAUGUUCAUUUUAUUUUUUACAUUCAUUUUUUUAUUUAUUUUUGGUUCAGUGGCAUUGUUUUCCUUCAUCACUAUUUAUCAUGAACAUUUUUUCUAUAUACCCUUUUUUUUCCCUCGUCGUGUUCUAAAUCAAUGACGUUUUUGCAGUUUGAAGUUUUGCUUUGUUUAGUAAAGUCUUGGAAUGCGCAUUGUUUUCCUUCCACAUUUUUUCUUGAUGUUUUGCUUCAGUGAAUUUUUGCUCUGCUUUAUUUUUCUCUUUACAGUCUCUUUUGUGUCUCGGUUUAGUGAAGUCUUGGUCUGUGCACUGUUUUCAUUCCUUCAUAUUUCUCCUUCACUUGACAUAUUUCUCUUUAGGUAUACAUUUUCAAAUUUUACUUAUUUUUUUGCUUUGUUUUUUUUUGGGUUGGUUUUGGUGUGACAUUGUUUUUCAUUCAUCACUAUUUAUCGUGGAAUUUUUUUAAAU